AUGGAUAUCAACAUAAAUUCGUUACCGGUGGGUUCUGAUGAAUUCCUUAUGGAGGAAGAGAAGAGAGCCUACUUGGAAAACUUCAUACCAUUCACCAUUAUGAUGGCUUUCAUCUUCGUCGCUGGGACUAUUGGAAACAUUACAGUCCUUGUUAUCUACUUCCUCAGAUACAAACCCUCGACAUAUAGGGUGUGUAUUCUGACUCUUGCCGCCAUUGAUCUAUCUAGUUGCACCAUUGACGUGCCAGCCUACAUUGCUGAAGAACGAUUCAGUUAUACAUAUCGUUAUGGCGUACCGUGCAUUGUGUUUGAAACUUUCCACUUCUUCAUUCUUAGCUUUUCUUAUAUGAUGUUGAGUUUCAUUGCGAUAGAGCGAUACCGCAGGUCGUGUAAACCCUUUGCUCAUCAGAUAACUUUGAAAGAAUCAAAACUGAUCUGUCUAGUUCUUGGAAUCGCGUGUGUUUUUAUUUCUUCGCCGGGUAUUUGGAUCCAUGGGAUUGUCCUUGUUCAAGUGGAUGGCGCAAAUGUAACUGGUUACAGAUGCGACGUGAUAGACAAAUCAUCAGCACUGACAAAGGGUUAUUAUGUGCUAUGCUUACUUCUUCUGCUUGUUUCUUUAAUCAUAUGCGGGUCUAUGUACACACUAGUAGGUCGAGAGCUUGUCAAAAGAAGAAACGAAUUGAAGCAACAUUCUGCAAAGUCGGCAGUUAUUCCAUCUGUGGCAAAGGAGACUGAGGGAGAAAGUACUACAUCAAAGACACAAGGCACCAACGUGGAGAACGCAGAAACGUCGUCACAUGAAGUUAUGGACAUUGAAUCGGAUCAGAUAGACAAAAGCGAAACCACUUCCAUCGAUCACAACAAUAAGAUCAGUACGGAAGACACAUCGCAUAUAAUUAUAACCAAACACAAACACAAACCCAAGGGGUUUUUCAUGAAGAAGCAAAAACCUAAAAAGAAAUCUCUGAAGUUGAAAAUGGCAGAGGAUUUGAGGAGGAAACGGUACAAUAAAAGCGUCAAGAUAACACUGAUGUUUCUUGUGGCAUCAAUUCUUUCCUGUUUGUCGGCAUUUCCUUUGCUUCUACUCCAGACAAUCGAAGGUAUCAGCUCGUCUGCAAUGAAUUACAUGGAAGAGAAUUUUUUGUGGCUUUCAGUUAUUUUGGCACGAUUUCAACUUUUUAAUCACAUAUUUAAUCCGUUUGUGUACUGUUUUAUGGAUGAGAAAUUUCGCAGUGAAUGUCUUCUACUUUGCGAACGUUUUAGAAAUAAAAUUUCGGAUAAGUGUUGCGGAGGAAAGUCAAAAAAUGAUAUACAGUAA